AUGGGGAAAAACAAAUUGGAGGAAAGACACAGAGCCCUGAAGGAUGUGAACAUAGAGAACAUAUUUAAGUAUGUGGUCCGCUGCGGGAUCGGAGGAAGGAAGAAAACGGCGCUGAUUUUUUACCUUUGUAACUCCCUGGAGGAGAGGCACUUGGAACGCAACAACGUGCUGGUGCUGUACCUGAGUCUGCUUCCAUCCUUCGAAGAUCACCUCGGGGAAGUAUUCCAAAGAAGAGCAUCCGCAGGGAGGAUACAACAAAAGGGGCACCCACAUGAGGAGGAAUCCGAAUUGCAGUUGGGUCUCAAAUUGAGCAAACUAAAUCUGCUGUUUAGCUACAUCAUCACUCAUGUUACCUAUUUCGUGUCACUCAGUAGGAAACAAAAAGAGGACACCUCCCUUCAGCUAUUCGUUCAACAUAUACACAUACGUACAUUUUUGACGCUACAAAAAUUUGUAUUCCAAAAAAAAAAAAGUCAACUCGAAAAAUUAAUAACUCUCAAUCAUUUGAAAAUAUUAUUAACAUUCUUAAUUAAUAUUUACAAGUACAAAAUUUAUGAAGUUUUAAAUGAAGAAAAAUUGUACAUUAUUUCGAAGUUUAUUUUUUUAAUUUUUUUUUUUUUUUGUCAUAUAAGAGAGAACUCCAUGACGGAAAAAUUGUUUAUUUGUUUUUACGAUUAUGUGUACCAUGUGUAUGAGAUUUUUAUCAGGAUAUAUUUAUAUCACCUGGGGAGGAAGGACAAUGGUUCCAAUACGUUGUUGAUGUAUUACCAAAAUAUGGUUAGCUUUGUGUGUGACUAUAUGAGUAAGCUCAAAAUUUUGAAACACGUUGAGAGGUACAUUUUGAAUAAUGGGAAGAGCCCCUUUUGCAGUGUUACCCUCCUCAAUGUGGUGAAGAACACCGUUGAGCGGCACUUGCUGUGCUCGCAGGGGGAAGAAGCUCCUUUGAUGAGGUUGAAGAGGAGAGAGGUGUCUCAGCCGAGUCCACAUGAGGGGAGUACUCCCUUAACGGAUCAACAAAAUGGAAAGGAUGACUGCAUCCUCCUCAUGCAAAGCAAAACGGUCAGCCAAUUCGUAUUUUUGAAGCUACUCCGAUUGGUGGAAAUCUUAUUAGUGAAGAAGGACAGAAUAUAUUUAACCGUCUAUUUGCACGAGACGAUCGGGAGGGUGACCAAAUCGACGAUGAAAAAAGUUUUCCUCAUUGUUAACGGAGGUGAUGAGAGGAAGAACAAUAACACGAUGAUGAUGAUGAUGACAUACAACCGGGUGUUCUACCUCUACGAGUACUACUGUAACACCCUUUUUUAUAUAAUAAACCGAAGUGAUAAGAAAAAAAUGCGAGAGAGAAGGGGAGAGCUCAGCACCUCAUCCACUACAAAUACGGCCUACGUAUACCUACUCAGCAGCUGCAUUUUUAACCUGUACGAAAUAUAUCAAAUGAUAAUCCACCUUCUGCAUGUAACCCCAAAUGAGGUACGAACCAUUUUGGGAUAUAAUAAAUUUUCCCUCGUUAAUAAAAUGCUACGUAUCCACAUUGGAGAAAUGGAAAUAACUCGAAUUUUAAAUAUUUCCAUAUUCUUCUUUGACGUGGUGUUGAAAAAUUUGAUGAGGACUCCAUCGGUGGGACACUACGCCUUCCCCAUUUUGAAGUGCCUCCUUUGGAAUGAUAAGAGGUUAAGUAAAUUUUUUCAAACAGUUGUGGGGACAUAUGCUGGGAAGAUAGACGGAUGUGCCAUCAUCGGGUGGCAGCAGAAUAGUGUUCCUCGUGCGAAUUGUUUGGAGGGGGCAGAUCGAACCAAGCAGAAUGAGGAGGAUCCCCAACCUGGAUAUGAUCACAGUGAUGUUUUAGUACCUCACGGGGACCGUGGCUUAAGGAGAUCUCCCCUGAGCAGUGCCAAUUUGGUUGUAAACGAAAAGAACAGCUUUGUCCUCCUGGUGAAUAGCUACGUGAAGUUGAAUUGGGCCCAUUUGGGGGGAGAAGCACACAUUGGGGGGUUGUCAUCGGGGAGCACAAGCGACGUGGCGGAUGGUGCAGAGGUGAGGGAUGAAUUGGGUCGGCUAAAGCGAACCAGUAGGAGCAGUACCAAUAGGAGUAGCACCAAUAGGAGUAGCACCAAUAGGAGCAACACCAAUAGGAGUAGCACCAAUAGGAGCAACACCAAUAGGAGCAACACCAAUAGGAGCAGCACCAACAGGAGCAGCACCAACAGGAGCAGCACCAACAGGAGCAGCACCAACAGGAGCAGCACUUACGGAUGCCUCCCCAGCAGGGAACACCCCCGCUGCAGCCGCGGAGCCGCCAAAGGAAGGGAAGAAAUUUACACCAAGGCGUACUUCCCGUUGCUGAUGAAGCACCUGCUGUCCCAACUAAUAAAAAGAAAAAAAAAGAACAAGGUCCAAGAUGAUGUGGAGAGCAACUGUAACAACUACCUAGGAAUAUACAUUAACAAACUGCACUACUACUGCAACAAUAUUUUUACGUAUAAGCCCAUUUUUAAGCAUAACUUCAGCUCAUUUGUGAGGAGUCAUAUGGCGAAAAAGAAGAGGCACCUGAUUGAGAACGUGACAUUCUUUAAUCGAAUGUUUAGCUUGUAUAGUAGCAAAAAAAAGGCAGUGAAAAAAAAUUUUUACUUCACAAAUAAAACCUUUGUCAUUUCGAGUAUAGAAAAGAAGCACAGUUACUCCAAUUACACCCUCCUGAGAAAAAUCUUAAAUUACAAGAUCCCCUACUUUGAUAAUGAGCAUUAUUAUUUGAGCGUUUUAUUUAAUUUAAAAUUUUUGCACAACCUGAAUGACUAUAUUAAUGAGUACUUUUUGCUGAAGAAGGAACAGCUAAAUAGGAAAGUCAUUUUUAAUAUCAGCUUGAAUAUAAAGGAGAAAAUAAAGAAGAUGAAGCCUGGACCGAAUGAUCUGUAUGAGCACCCUGUGGAUAAUGUUCCCGUCCGCUCACUGGGCCCCUUUGGACAAACGGACUUAAAAGGACUAAGCAAAAGUGAAAGCAUCGUUAAAGAUUUUCGGGUCAGUAAAGGAUUUAGAUAUAUACGACCCAAGAAAAGAGAAAAAAAAGAAGGAAAUUUGUUACUCCAUUUUUUAUUUAUAAAUUAUAACUACUGUGUUUGCAAGCAAGACGGUGGUGACCACAUGAGUCGCUUCUUCCUCCUCAUUUUGAAAUCGUUCGAGAGUGUAAUGCCGUAUGUACAUAUAUAUAAGUACAUUUCAGCUCUGCUUCUUUUUCUAAUUUCGUUUGUGGAGCGGAAGCCUCUGUCGUACACGGAUGUCCUACGCGUGGGGGGGGGAGCGAGCAUAGCAGGAGGCGUAGCAGGAGGUGGAGCAGGAUGUGGAGCAGGAAGUGGAGCCUCAAACUGCUUAACGAACAUGGCGGAACUCGGUCGAAAGGUGAGGAAAAGCAAUCCCACCCCCCAGUACGGGAGAACCGAUUCUCAGGAGGGACACGAUUCAGGUAAGGCUUCCCCUGUGCGGGGUAACGCAGUGAGCAGAAUUUUGUUGCAAGGAGUGGCAAAGGAGUACGCGCAAGUGGAGGAAGAUGUGAUGAACGAAAUGAAGAGGGUAGGAACCGGGGGGCAUAACCUCCCACCGGGUAAGUACCCCCUACUGCAGCGAGCGAGCAAUCGAAAGGCAGCCCUGAAGAUACUGACGAGCACAAUAUCCCGGUUGAAGACACACCUGUUUAGUAACACCUUCCAUUAUCUGUACCAAGAUGUGAGGAAGUACAAUAAAUAUGUAUCGAUGCUGUCUCUGUACUUUUAUAAACUAUAUUUCACAUUGCUUUAUUACGAAAUUUACCAGAAGGACUACCUUCAUAGGAGUGAAAUAGAUUUAAUCAAAAACAAAAUUGCAGAGAUAACCCCCGUUCUGAGCAUCAGAUAUUUAAACAAGAAUAACAUACAUAAUGUGUGCAAAAUGGAAGUUAUAAAAUCAAUCAAGGAGGAUCGAACGGAGAAUAAUGACAAAGUUGAGGUGAACAGUAGCGAUUUGGACAAGCUGUACGUUAUCAUAAUGCAUUAUAUCGAAAGUAUGAGGAGGAAGGAAUGCAUCCUGUACGCUCUGUACCUACUUAUCGAUAAGGCCAUUUUCAGAAAUAAAUAUAUCCACAAGAAUGUAAAAAAGUUAAUUCAUUUUAAGGUGUAUAUUUUCCUACAGGACAUGAGAGAAUUUCACGAUUAUAGCGUUAUCUUCUCUACCUUUUUUUUGCAAAUGAAUAUAAUGAGUUAUAAUAAGAUAAUCCGGAAUUAUAUUUAUUUCAUAUUUGAUCAGAUCUUCAAAUUGAAAUUCAACAUUUUAUUUGACGGAGAUUUUCUGAUUUGUUUUUUGAAGAACCUCGAGAAGAGCAGCCUGGAUUAUGCAUUUUCCAAGAUGAUCUAUGAAGGAAAAAAAAAAUUUAAAAAUUUUAUCGAUAAGAAGAAGAGCACCAUGAUAAAGAUUAUUUACAAAGUCAAUUUAUACAUUACCAUAAAUUAUCUCCUUUUUUUGAAGAUGCUAAAUUGUUGCAAAUUUUUUCUAAAUUUGUACUCUUUUUUCUACUACGAGUUUUACAUUUUCUUUGUGAACAAGUAUGUCAGGAGGUACCGGGACAGGGAGCAGGACGAUGAGGAGGAGGACGACGAUGAGGACGAUGAGGGGGGCUGUUACUACGAGGGAGUGUUCUCCGAGGUGCGCAGGGUCAAACAAUUGUGUUCCUCGUGCGCGGACCGCGGCGAGCAGGGUGUGCAAGGGGUAGGCGGCCCUUCUAGUGGUUGCGUGAGCGCCCAGGCAAUGGAGCUACUGAAGGAGGGAGACCACCCAGGGGGUUCUUCCGCACGCGGUUCGCCUACACGCGGUUCUCCCACACGCGAUUCUCCCACACGGGGUGCGCCUACACGCGAUUCUCCCGCACACGCGAGGAGCGCCCGCUGGUCGACCGGCAGAAGGAGUUUCCCGAAGAGGACCCGCAGCGGAAGGGCGGCAUUGAAGGGUUUGCACCCGAUAAGCGGCCUGCUGUCGAUGGGGAACAGCGGGCGGCGCGCGAACUACGGCAUAAUCGGCCGAAGGAGGAGGAAAAUUAACUCCAACUUCUUUCAGACGAAUAAGGAGUUUAGCGAGUUUUUUGAGAACACCAGUGAUGAGUCGCAUCAGGCAGAGCAGGCGCAUCCACCGGAGCUGCGGCGGCAACAGGAGCUGCGGCGACAACCGGAGCAACCGCAUCAAUCAGAGCAGCCGCGGCAACUGGAGCAACCGCAUCAAUCAGAGCAGCCGCGGCAACUGGAGCAACCACAUCCACCGGAGCAGCCGCGACAACCGGAGCAACCGCGACAACCGCACCCAUCGCGUCAAGCUAGGCACCCCCGCCCUGUGAUGCGAAGCGAGACGCUAAACAACGACGCGAACUAUUUCAAAGUCUUAAAAAAAAUCAGGGGAGGAAACACAUUUAUUUGUAACCUAUACGAUAUUAAAAUAAGCAAGAGAGUACUUUACCACAAAAAAGACAUCAAGGAAUAUAUGAACACAAUAAAUUUUGUAAUCAGUGUCUUCUUAGCUACCAACAUCAAUAACUUGAAUAUGGAUACACUUAAUAAUAAUUACAUAUAUAUAAUAUCUAAAAUUAUUAAGAAAAAUUUCAAAUUUUAUUUUUUCUAUUUUUACUACAAUAUUUUUAAAAAGAAGGGAAAACGGUUUAAAAGUAUUUACAGUGUUAACUUGGACACCAUUAUGAAUAACUACUCCUUGGGGGGAAGCGGCACUGUGGGGGGAAGCGGCACUGUAGGGGGAAGCGGUACAUUGGGAAGAAGCAGCACCUUGGGAAGGAGCGGCACAUUGGGGAGAAGCGGCACAUUGGGGAGAAGCGGCACCUUGGGAAGAAGCGGCAACGUCUGCAAGCUUAGCAUUAAGAACAAAUACAUAUACGUACUGUACACACUGUCUACCAUCCUCUGUGUGUACAACUACAAGUACGCCUUUUUCAAUUAUUACUUUUUUGUUUUUUACAAAUUUGUGAAGAUGUUGGCUAAGAUGACUGCAAAGUCUAUAUUGGUGGGGAAUUACUUGGUGGAGCGCUGUGGGGGUGGUGUGGCUGUACCGGCGGAGCACAGCGAGUGCGCGGAGAAAGACGGCGUGGAGAAAGACGGCGCGGAGAAAGACGCCGCCGAGGGGACCGGGCGCGAUGAGGCACAGAAGCCGAGAGCACGGUGCAAACUGUCUCGCCUGAGCAAAACGGAGAGGAGCUUCCUCGAAAGCGACAUGCUCAUGAUUAAGCGUUACGUGAAUGACUACAUAAGAGAGAGCAACAUCCAAAUGCACAGAAACCUAUUUAGAAGCGACAUGCCGCAUAAGUACGUCCUGGACAGAUACACAACCCUUAUUAACAACACACUGUUGCUGCUGUUAUUCACGAAUUAUCUGUCCCUCACGUACCACAAUAUAAACCUCACAGGAAAUAAAAUAGCGCAGAGGAAGAUCAGCUUGCUCGAGAAGUACAAACACUACUUAAUGAAAAAAAUUAUGCAAAUAUACUUUUUAAAUAUCCCCUAUUUGUGUAACUAUUUGGUCGUCACGUUGGAGUUUUGUCUCCUCUUUAGUAGGACCCUUCUAACCAUAAAUUAUACCUCCUUCUCCCUGAUAAAGGAAAUGAAAGCCCUUUUCAGAAAUGGCUACAUGUAUCGCAUGGUGAAUUGCUUGAACGCUUUGCAGAACAUGAAGACUUUCUACCACCUCAGUUGUUACCGCAGCGCCAAUUUAUAUUUCCACAAUUAUAAGAAGGUGGCCGAUGAGAAGUUUGACUGCUUCGGGGGGGGGAGCCUAAGAGGUGUAGGAAGAGGCGGCAUCGGUAUCGCACGAAGCGGCAGUAGCGUCGCCGGGGGGCAGACCACCUUGGAGCGUCCCGCGCAGGACGACAGCGACGGUGACCUGAGCGAGUACAACGACUACAUCUACAAGGACGCAUUCAAAGAGGUGAAAGAAGUGCUAAAGAAAAAAACGAAGCAACACAUGAGGGACUACUUUGAGACAAACAUGAAGAAUAUCUUUUACCUGUUGGAUUGCUUCAAAGACAUAUCGAGCAUUUCCCUUUUUCUAAAUUCCUAUCUGCACGAAAAUGCAAAAAUUAGGGACAUAUACGAUAGUCUACAUAUGCACAGCAUGAAUAAUAUUUACUUGUAUAAUUUUAAAGCGCUCAAGAUAAAUUACCAUUUUUUAUGCAUCGUGUUUUUGUCCAUUGCUCAGAUUUUUAAUUUCACAUCGAACUUUUUCCACUCCUACAGCUAUUUAAUCGAUAUGUAUGCCAAGUACAAAUAUAGUUACUUCCUUUACGACUAUAGCUUGCGUAAUUUUUUUUCCUUUUUUAAUGUGUACAUGUUUGAGAUGAGAAGGUGUCGACAGAGGAAGAAGACUUUUUUCAAUUUGAGGAACCAGGUGAGUACCGUGUGUAUUAGUGACAUCUUUGAUUUUAACAAGCUUUUGCUCCAGAAGGGAUUUUUAUUUUUGUGUUUUUUUUUCCACAAUUUUGAGAACGUCCUUCCGGAUAUUUACUGUGUCAAUUGUGCGAAUAAGUAUUCUGUUGGCUGCUACGAUAGGAAUGCCCUCCCCGUGGAUUUGGCUCUUGUGCGCCACGGCAGGAGGGGGAAGACCCCUGUGAGGGGGGCAUCGAGGGGGCGCCCUGUGAGCGAAGUUGUUAGCGGCCCUGCCAGCGGAGUUACCAAUGCGCAGAGUCCCCCUGGAAAGAGGAACCCAAGAAAGGCCGCUAACCACGUAAGUGGCAAUGACGGGGAAGACUCCCCACAUGUUGAAAUGGAGCGGAGUGGAGAAAACGCCCCCCUUGUGAAGGACUCAAACAGAGAAGGGAAGAAAACCGAAGGAGGGUAUUUCGAUAUGUUUUACAAAAGAGAAUCGGAUAAGCAGAUGGCUGUUUUUUCAGCGGAUAAGCAGAUGGCUCUUUUUUCAGCGGAUAAGCAGAUGGCUCUUUUUUCAGCGGAGAAUGCAGAUGGCACAAGCCCCCUUGAGACUGACGUCAAUAUGCAGAGGGGCAUAAAAAUUGAUGACGAAGAAAUUAAUUUUGGAGUGAAGCCAACCGACGGACAUUUACAGGAGAUUGACGCACAGAAGGGGGAUCACUCCUCGGUGGAGAAUUUCACCCAGCAAGGGAAGAAGCUUCACAGUGAAGAUAGCCAUGUCACUCUGGAAGUGGCUCCCCCCAUGCGCACAAACGAAACAUCGCGACGAAGGAAAAAGGACUCCCAAACGGAAAUUGGGAAUGAGAGUAAGAGUGAGAGUGAGAACGAGGAGCAUAGUAGCACCAUUGGAAAGUACGCAGGAGGGAUUAUCUCCUAUUUUAAAAAUAAGGUGUCCAGAAUGGGCAACAAAAAGGGAGGAGGGGGGAAAGGACAGGUGAGGGAGAAAAAGGAACAUGGUUACUCCUUUGAUGACGAGUUGGUAGACGCAGAGGAACAUGCGAGGUGUAGUUCCUGCGGGGGGAACAGCGACUGGGGCGGGAGAACCCUGAUGAAAGCUUCCCGGACCUCCAAGAGGGGGGAGGACGACGCGAUUUAUGAGAGAGGAGAUGAGGAGAAUGGCCAGGAGGGCGGCAACGGCAACGAGGGUGAGGAGCGUGACCAUCAGGGUAGAGCCCAUCACCGCGGUCACGGCCAACAACGCCAACAGAGCCAACAGAGCCAACACCGCCUCCAGCGCGAUGACGACGAGCUGUGCUCACGGAAGGUGCGGGAGAAAGACGUGGAGCUUCUGAACGCGUACAAGUACCUGCUGACCUACCAGAAGGGAAACAAAAGGAGGCUUUACGAUUACCAAUUGAAGGAAGAGCUGAGGUGCAUGUGUAUAAACAAGUACAUCCACGUCUGCAACUUAAUAUAUAAUUGCCUCAUGUACAUGUACGAGCUCAAGUACAAAUAUAAGGACAUGAAAAAGAGUACGUUCUACCUCUUUACCUGCACACCGUUUAGAAGGAAAAAGGAAUUCAGCAGUAUCCAUAGCUCCAAGGUCAAAAACGAAAUAGUUAUUAACACGAGGCAUCUACUUAACCUUGACUUCAUCAUAAUGAGCACGCUGUACCUUGCGGAGAGCAUCUACAUCAACCUGUACAAGUGUAAGCUGUUCACAGAUAUGUGUAUCUUCAAUAAUAUAAAAUACGUGUGUUUGGAAAAUAGCGAGGCGAAGAAGAAGAAUAGUUACCAAAAUGGAGAUCCCAUUGUCCACUCGGGAAGUAAUCGCAAUAACGUCACAGCCGUUUCGGAGAGGAAGCAUAGAAGGGACGGGGAUAGAAGUGCCUACCGGUCGAAUUACGUGACGUAUCAGGUGAGUGCGAACGGGGGCAGCUCCUUGAGUACGCGCGAUGUGCCACAGGAGGAGGGCGAAGACUGCGGUCCGUGCAAAGCCAUCCGUGUGAAUUACGGCGGUGAGAAAAUGAAGCGGGGAGCGAGCAGACGGAGAAGCACCCCCGUCGAUGUGGCCGUGGCGAGCGGUACUGGGAAGAAGAAGCGAGUCGAAAUUGAGGCGCACGACAUGUGCAGCAGUGGUAGCGGCAAAGGCAACGACAGGGACAGCGGCAGGGACAUCGACAGCGACGGCGACAGCGACGGCGACAGCGACGGCGGCAGCGACAUCGACAGCGACAGCGGCAGCAGCAGUGACAUCAGCAGUGACAGCAGCAGCGACAUCAGCAGUGACAGCAGCACUGACAGCGGGGGGAGCAGAAAAACCAGCAGGGCAAAGAGGGAAAAAAACAAAGCCAGGAGCAGGAGGAAGAAGAAAGAAAAAAAAAGUGUGAGCAGGAUGACCUUCUUCCUGAAGAGAAGGAAAAAACACGAUGCUCAAAAAAGCGCCAGAAAUUUGCCCAUAAACAAGUACCUGUUUGCGGACAAAAACGUGUCGAAGAAAAGCUCCAAAAUUAAGGAGACUUCUAUUAACUACUUUCACAACUAUAAAAUUUUGUCGGAUAAUUACAAAGCCAAGUUGGCCAAAAUGAAGAAGAAAAAGAGAAAGAAGGAGAAGCAAAAGGAGAAGCAAAAGGAGAAGGGAAGAAAGAAGAAGGAAGGGAAAGAAAAAGGAGCCCCAAGUGAAGCAAUCAGAUCGAGUGGCAGUGCCCUUUACAACUAUGAUGGGAUUUACAGAAUUGACGAGGAUCAUGAGGAUGAGGAUAAGCCUAGUGGGAAGGCCAAAUGGAACUUGCGGAGUUUUUUCUUUGGACGGAAGAGGGGAGAUGGAGACCACCUUGCCCGUAGGAGCGCACACCACGAAAGGGGAAACAUUGAUGCUGCUUAUCGUGCGAGUGAGCCUGUCCAAAUCAACAACCUGUUCGUGAAGCAUAAAUCCAGGAGCAUCCAAAAUAGGGACAUGAAUCGUCUCCUCAAAAUGGAUCGACGCGACCUGGAAGAAGAAAACAUGGAUAGGAUAAAACACUUAUUCAUAACGUUUAACAAUAAUUACAAGGAGAAAAAAAUCACCACUUACAUUAGCAAUAUAUUUAGCUACACCUCGCUGCAUUCCAAUUUUAACGUCUUCUAUCGAAGGCAUUUUGAAAUCUUUGGUCAUAAAACAAAAGUGGGCAGAGGGUUGCUCAAGACACUGUACUCAUAUUACUACAGACAUAACAUAUCCACAUUUUACAAACUUUUUAAAAAAAUAGAAUACAUAUAUGUAUACUUAAAUUUGCAUUUUUACAAUUCCCUUUUUAAUGUGGACGUGAAGGAACUGAAUGAGGAUAUUAACAAGUAUUCCCUUUUCAUGGUUGUGAAAUAUAUCAAGAGACACCAACACAACAAUCCCAAACUGUAUUCUACCUUCAUACUAAAGGUGCUACAUUGUGUAAACAACAGAGUUCACAAAAUGGCCAACUUUCUAUGCAUGUACUUUUAUAAGGACCUGCUGAAUAUCCUGCAUCAGUAUUUGAUCCAAGUGAGCAUAAGUAAUAAAUUGACAAUUAACAAAUACAACUUAUUUUUGCUAAGAAAGAACAAGCUGACGUAUGUCCCCAUCUCGAAUAUUUUAUUUCUACAUUGUAAUCAGUUCAGCCUGAAUGAUAUCAUAAAAAUUCUGUACAGUCAUCCACAGUAUGGUCUCUUUCUAAGAACAGUAGCCAUUAUCAAUUUGCUGUACUGGUAUAAGAAGAGUACCAUUACGAAUUGUAUUUAUUUGCAGCUGUUUGAGUACUUGAAGGUAGAUCAAGGGAACCGAGUUUUUUUCUUCAUCAUUUUUUUCUCCUUCCAGUCUUUCCUUUUUCUCUACCAAUUCUUCCUAAAUUUGCACACUUAUAUUGAUGAUGAGUAUUUGGUUGACUUUGCCUCCUCCCCCCACGAGGGGAAGAAGCAGCACACAGUGGAGGAGCUGGCCGAUGGGGGACGCGAGGAAGAAACGCAAAUUGUGAGCACGUGGGGUGACAAGCAAAUUGUGAGCACGUGGGAUGACAAGCAAAUUGUGAGCACGUGGGAUGACAGACAAAUUGUGAGCACAUGGGAUGACAGACAAAUUGUGAGCACGUGGGAUGAACAACACAUGGACCACCAAUGCGUGCUCUUCAACACGGAGAUGUUUGCCCGCAGAACGAACCCUCUCAGAAACCUACUCAUGCUUCUCUUUCCAAAGAAGAGUAAAAAAAACCCCCCCACGGAAGGAAGAAGUGAUAAACAUGGGGACACUACAAAUGGUAGUAGCAAAAAUCAAAAAGGAAUUAACAUCAAUAAUUUUAUUUUUUUUAAGUAUCAAAGUUACGUGAAGAAGUCACAUAUUUUAUCGACAAAAUGCUUCCUCAUUAAAAAAUUAUUAAUCCAAAAUUUGGGUUACAAGAAUAGGAAGGCAUUGAUUGAGUCCUGUCGAUUUCAUAAUUAUAUUUUUUACAUAAGUCAGCGAGCAGCCCAGUUGGACAAGAAUAUUCAACAAGAUUUUGUAAAAAUGGAAGUUCGGAAUUUACUGAAUAGUAUGGAUGUGAAGAAGGUGAAGUUGCUCACCAGUAGCAAUUUGGUUUGGAGCGUAUCGGACGAGGUGAAGAUUCUCAUGUCCGCCACGAGGACUCCCGUUCUGUUGACCUUCCAAACGUGCAGGCGGACGCAACUUGUGAUGGAUACUCCCAUCAGCGGAACCACUGUUGGGAGUAUUCCAGGCUGUGAAGCAAAGGAGAUCAUGCUAACGGAUCAUGUGGGUAAUGAACGAACGCACCAUCGCAUGUGGUCCCUUCCCAAUGUUAAGAUAGCAAUUUCGAAUGGCGGCGCGGAUGGCGCUCCUUGGAAGAAGAACGAUCGAAGUCUGUUCGUUAGCGAAGGACACGUCCCGCUUGGAGGAAACACACACGAGGAAGCAACAAGGAGUGGUUCCAAAAAAAGGGCACAUUCUUAUUACUCAUCCAGCGAGGAACACAAGGGGAGAGUACGCAUGUACGAACAUACCAGCACCGAUUGUGUAGAGAAAAGCGGAAAGUUGCCAGAAAAAAACAUCGAAGGUAGCAGCAGUGGCACCCCCCUCCCUUCCCUACCCAAUGCCCUUUUGACCCCCCAAAAAACGAACCCAAAUUUCGAAGACAUUUCGUACAUAUACAAAGUUAAUGAUGAUGUUAGGCAAGACAAACUGGUCAUACAGAUUAUUCACAUUUUCACUCACAUCUUAAGUGACUAUAAAUCGUUUUAUAAUUUAUUUCCUUACAACAUCGUGACGAAUAAGUACAGCAACGUGCAAGCGAAGGGAGCGCAGGGGGACCACAAUGACAGGUGCGCCGCGAACGGGACAAGGACGAAGAAUGGGCGCAAAUUCUCCUUCUCCUUCCACCUCUUCAGGAAGAGGAACAAGGGGCCCACCGAGGGGGAAGCCAAAGGGGAAGUGAGCAAAAAAGAUCGCGCUGGAGGGAUCGCAAGUAAAAGGGACCCCUUCAAAGGGGAAGGGAGCACAAAUGACUGCUCUAAAAACGGUACCAACCCGCGAGGCAGUACCGACCGUGGUGAUGGAAACACCCCUCUGAAGGAAGAGCCACGCGCCCCAGUCAAACGCAGUGACUCUGGGAAUGAAGAGCAACAACAGAUGAAGCAUAGCAGGGAUGUCUCGCAAAAGGAGCACCUUGAGCGAAGCAUAAUUCCAUACGUACCCGAACACGUUAGCGGGAACUCCAAAAAGAGUAGAAAUAUCCAGCAAAAAAAAUUCGAAAAUUUCGGGGCAGUUAUUGAAGUGUUAGCAAAUACAAAAAGCAGACAUGAAAUAGGAAGAAGAUAUAAAAACAUAAUAAAGUUUUACCACCUGAAAUUUUCUCACAUCAACACGUAUAUCUAUGCUUUGAAAAAUUUUAUCUGCUCCUUGGCUGCGUACUCCCUUCUGUCCUUUGUAUUGCAAGUGAAGGACAGGCACAACGGCAACUUACUGUUCGACGAUUACGGAAAUAUUAUCCACAUUGACUUUGGUUACAUUUUGAAUAUUUACCCGGGCAUCUCCAUAAACUUCGAACUGGCUCCCUUUAAGUUAACGAGAGAAAUGAUAAUGCUCCUCACCAUGAAAAGUCAGAAGAAGCAGUAUUUUAUUUUUACCUACAUUCAGUUGGUUGUCAAGGGGUACCUGCUGCUGAGGGAAAAAAGCGACUGGCUGAUUUCGUCCAUUUUGAGUCUGUCCCACUCGGACAUCAACUGCUUUAAGUACAACACGGUGGAGAAGUUGAGGAAACGCCUCAAACUUGACAAAAGCGACAACGACGCCAGUAUUUUCAUGAUAAACAAAAUCCACCAGGCAUACAACAACAUAACGACGAUUAUGUACGACUAUAUUCAGAACAUCCAACAGGGGAUACAGUGA